UGCAGCUAGCAUAAUUCUCUUCCCUCUCCUCCCCCUGCUCCCUCCCUUUCCUGCUGGCCCCUCAGCAGAGGAUGUGUGUCUGAGAGAGAGAGAGCAGUUAGUAGAAUGGAUCUGUGCCCUCUCUCCUCCACGCUGCCGCCUUCCUCUCUGUCUCAUUUGUGUCCCUCUUCGCCCUCAGAGCCUCGGGGGAGAAGGGAGUCGUCGAAAAACCCAACUCAAUGUCUGCCGGGGAUCACAAGAAUGGAGGGGACCAACCAGAAGAAGCGGUGUCGGUGGCUAAGGUGUGGCCGGAGGUGGAGCGGGCCGAGUCUCUGGCCCGCGGAGCAGCCCUGAAGUGGGCGUCGGGGGUCUUCUGCAGGCCUGAGCACCUGGAGCGACUGAGCCAAUACAGGAAGAGAGAGAGUCAGAGGACUUCCUCCAUUCACACCAGACUGAAGUCCAUGGUCCAGUCGUACCUGGAGGGGGUGGGCUGGGGUCUGGAGCAGCUGCGAGAGGCCAGGAUGGAGCUGAGGGAGGUGUCGCAUGCCUUGAAGAAAGCAGGGCUGGAGUCCAGUCGCAACGCCGAGGGGGUGAAAACCCUGGAGGGGCUGAGAGAAGUGUCCGUCAGCCACCGCCAGCUCCUGGCUGCCGUCAGCAACCUGCCGCGCCUCUACUCCGUGCGGGGCAUGGUGUUGGAGACGGAGCGUCUGGUGGAGUCCCGGCGGCUCCUGGAGGCCCACGCCCGUCUGAUGGAUCUGGAGCGCUGGCAGGACGACAUCCUCUGGCAGCUCCACGGUGCUGCUGGGACGGCAGGAAGCGCGCUCAGCACAGAGGACCAGGAGCUGGUGGCCAGAUACUUCUCUGGUGUCCAGCAGCUGGUGGACGCCCUGGGUAAGGAGCUGUGGGCGGUGGUGAGCAGCGCCCUGGCUUUGGCCCGGCAGAACCCCACGCCGUUCGUCUCCGCGGUGAGGAUCGUGGAGCGGGAGGAGGCCCUGGACCGAGCUCUGCUGGAGGAGCGGGAGGGGCCCAGAGGACCCAGCCGGCCCCUUCCCCCCGGGCGGCCCCGCUGCUGGAGAGCACGCUUCUUCCAGGUACUGGAGGAGGCGGUGUCAGCACGGUUUCGCAGCGUUUCCUACCUGCACACGCGCGGCCCCGGCCUAGCGGGCCACCUGUCGGCCCUGCAGCACGGCGUCAUGGCCGACCUGGCCACCGUGCGCCACCUGCUGGAGCACUGCGUGCCGCCGCACUACGGGCUGACGGGGGCCUACCUGAGGGCCAGCCACCGCUGCCUUCAAGCUCACCUGCUCCAGGUUAGCGGGUGGGACCUGGAGAGUGGAGAGAUCUUUGCUGUGCUCAACUGGGUGCUACACAUCUACAACGGCCCAGACAUGAUGGGUCAUCCAGAGCUGGUACCUGAGAUGCAGAAACUGGACUUGGGGCCUCUAAUCUCCCCCGAGGGACUGGAGCAGUUGCAGAACAAAUACGUGCAGAGUGUUCGGAAGAGUGUAUCACAGUGGAUGCACAAAGCCCUCCAAGUGGAGUUGCAAGACUGGCAGAGAGACCAGGAACCAGAUACAGACCAUGAAGGUUUCUACCACACUAGCUUGCCCACUAUCAUCACACAGAUGCUGGAGGAGAACGCCCGUGUGGCUCGGAUGAUCGGAGAGCACCUGCGGGAUCAGACCAUACAGAUGGGACUGUAUGAGAUGGAGAACCUCCUAAACAGGUUUCGAGAAGCUUUGGUGGAAUUUGGGAAGGAGCACCACAGAAAUCCGAGCAACAUCAAAAAUAAGUUCUACCUCCACUAUCUGCUGGCCUCCAUCAGCAACUGCAUCAUCCUAAAAAACUCCACAGAGAGUCUGCAGAAGCAGCUGUCGUCCCACUCUGUGGGGCGAUUCUCCUGGACCCCUCCAAACCCCCUGGCAGCUCUGGACCGGGCAGUGAGACGGGCGUGUCGCCUGGUGAUGGAUCAGCUCCUGCUGGACCUGCAGCCCUUCCUCCCAGGCCUGCUCACCCGACCCUGGCUGGUCCAGGGAGACCCCACCCCCAAACUCUGCCACGUCCUGGAGCGCCACGUGGAGAUGCACGGCCGCGUUAGGCCACCCUGCAGACAGCGUCUGCAGGAGGAGGCCCAGUGGCUCACAGUGGUGGAGUACGUCCGGGCUCUGAUGCACAAGAGGCUGGUGUGUCGCAGCGCCGAGGAGAGGAGGCAGCUCGCCCAGCAGAUGGUCCAGGACGACGCGCGCUUCAGAGAAGUCCUCCACGGCCUGGAGGGUGAAGGCUCUGUCCCUGAAGUGAACCCUCUCUUCUUACUACCCGUCCUCGCUGACUUCAUCCGACUGAAGGACCCCAGCAUGCUCACUCUGGAAGUUUCUGGACUUGCGGCCAAAUACCCCGACAUCAGUGAAGAGCAUGUGUCCGUGCUGCUGGACAUCCGUGGUGAUGUCUCCAGGGACAUCAGGGGGGCGGUGCUGGACCUGUUGGAGCAGAGCGCCCCACCUCUGCCUGCGGGAUACCGGCCCAUCUUCACCGACAUCCUGGUGCCCCCCUCCACCAUGGCCUUCUGUCUGCCCACUGCCAAGUGUGUGUGACGGCCUUGUGUCCCAGUGAAGUAGGUUAACGGGACAAGGGAACCAUCUGUCAAUCAAACACCCACCGAUCAGGACCAGGGUGGAACCUGCUGUCCAUGGAGAGAAAAAAAAGCCUUCAGCAGGGUCCAGUGCUCUGCUUUCCCCGUCCGCUAUUGGAUCUGCCGUGCGAGGUCAUUCUGUAGUGAGCCUCUACAGCUCUAUCAGGUGGCCAGAUGAAAUGAUAUCUUCAGGCUGUGCAGCUACCUGUUCAAUCUGCAUGGCUACAUGUUGCCGCUUAAUCGUAUGACAUAACACACAAGCACCUAUUGGACAUAUUCAAUCAGGUACUUGUGUCAGCUUACUGACUCCUGACCAGUAAAGAAACGCUGACCUCCUCAGAAGAGAAGAAAACUCAUGCCUCUUCACGGCCUGCUGGCAGAUGGUCUUUCUGGAUCCACACAGUCUUCAGUGAGGGAAGUAAACCAUCCCACCUGAACAACUUGAUUCAUUAAAUCUAUUGUUCAUAAACUGGUUUUAUGCAUUCAAUUUUUCCAAUUUCAACUUGUAUUGCUGUUUAUAUUGGGCUUUUUUAAUCAGUAUUUAUUGUAUUUAUGUAUUAUGUUUCUGCUGGUGUUGUUUUUUCACAUAAAGAACAUAUGUAUAGACAUCCUUAAAUAAAUGCUUUGUCAAGGAAACUUAUUUAUUUUUUUAGGUACUUGUGUUAUUCCUUUAGCUAUAGUUCAUUUUUACUAAUAGUGCCCAGUACAUAUCCAUAUAUGUAUUUAUAGAGCCCUGAGUCUGUAAUACACUCCAGAUAACAACAGAAAGGAUUAUGGAGUCAACCUAGUUUGAACCAGUCACUCCAUCUUGGUGUCACCUCGGGUCUGAUCCCUGUGUCGAUACUGACGGACGAAGCGAACCACCAGAGCAUCGAGAAGUGUUGGGAUAUCUGUUCAACGAGCUCACAUACUUCAUGGGAACAUUUGGAUUGAAUUUCAGUGACUUAAGAAGAACAUUCAUUUUUCCAACCGUUUCCAUUGUGGCUGUGAAUGCUUUUAACAGUAUUCCCAAUGUUUGAGAAAGGAAUUAUAUCGUACAUGUAUUUAUUGUUUUUGUCAAAUGUUAGUUUACAAGCCAAAGUUUGUAGUUUGAAAUUGAAAAAAAAACUAAAAACGGUUCCGAUGAAAAGGUUAGGUGAAUAGUAACGGCCUGGAUUGCAUGUGAUUUAUUUCAGACUCUUCAUUAUUUAUGGAAUUUUUUAUUUUACCUCUUAUUUGGUUUAUAUUCUAGUAUAAAUGCAUGUGUGUUGUUUAUUGACCAUUUAUUAAAUUGUACCAGUGCAAUAGUGAAAUAAAAAAUAUAAUAUAAAAUUA